AUGGUACAGCAGGCUCCAUUCCUGUUUGGAAAGUUUCUAGACCCAUUUUUGGCAUUUGUAGUUGGUACUACAAGUUACUAUGCCUUCGAAUAUAAGACUAAACGUGAAGAAGGUCAUUAUUUAAAUCAAUUAUUAAUGAAACGUUGGAAUGAACGUGGUAAUGUUGAGAAAAAUGAUAAAUAA